UCCCAAUUGAAACAGAGAGGUCAAGGGUUUGAGGAAGCAGUGAUGGAGGGAUCUUCGAGUUAUCUCAAACCAUGCGCAACAGUGACGAAGAAAGAAGGAGAUUCGAGGAAGGAGACGGCAGAACACAUGGAGGUUGUUGUGAAUUCAAAGCGUAAGGCCGAGUUCGAGCCUGAGAAGUACGAGGAGGAGGAAGAGUACGAUGAUGAGUACGAGGAGGAGGAGGAGGAAUGGGAAGAGACUAGUAAAUCUGACAUAUUACAGGCGCCUGAGUGGGAUGUAGACAGCUUCGAUGGCGUAGAGUAUUGCUCCUCUCCUGAUGUGCAGCUUUCUACUUUAUCCGACGAGGAGGAGGCGAUUCAUGACUAUAACAUCAUUAAACGCCAGCUUAUCGACAGCAAGGGUUUUUACGCUGAUACAAACCUAAAGCAUAUCUAUCACUACAAAGGAAUCUGUCCAGUGAGUUUGGACUUGAUGGCAUAUCCCGACAGAACGUUUCGUGAUUACUGGGAAGAGAUGGUUCAUGUCUGUCUCGAAAGACACAACCAAGACAAGGAUACCAAGGUAGAGUUUGUUGAAGUUGUGAGAGGUCAUUAUCGCGGAGGACGAAAAUGCAAGUCAUACAUUACUUUUAUGGCCAGGGAGAAGCCGGAUGGGCCUCUUGUUGAGUAUCAAGCCAAGGCUAUGGUUACUCUUGAUAAUAAGAGACACCCCAUCCUCUGCAGACCCACUCCUCCUACGCCGAACCCUUAAGAGGAUGGACUUGGCGAAGGGCGUAUCGUGGGAAGUCAGACUUACUGGAUUUUUAAUGAUAUAUCUACUGGUUGUAACAUUUUAACUUGGGUUCUUAAUGACUCACUUAUCUUUUGUUUAAGAAAGACUGGACGUAUGAUUUUUCAAGAAUUUCUUAUUAAGACUAGUGCUGCUUUCAAUGUUAUUUGAUUUUAGUUUGUUAAUCUAUGGAUUUUUUUUGUAGAGUGCAGCUCUAAGUUACUUUUGCUAAAACGAUUUCACU